GAACACAUACUUCAAUGACAAAACGACGGCUCGGACCAGAUGAAAGAAUUUGAGAUGGAAACCGAGUGGUUACUCUAUUAUAAUGACGGGAGUGUGAGUGUGGUUUAAGUUAGAUUUGCAGCGUACGUAUCGUCACGAAUCUUUUCCGUUUCUCCACAAUGGCCGUGAGGCAGGUGGGAGACUUAUGCCGUGAUUUGGGUGGAAUUGGUGAGGAAUUGAACAGUGGCGCACUGGUUGAUAAUCUUCAACUCGUACUACGACGUAUCGAAAAUGCAUCAAAAAAAGCAGAACAAAGUCCUUACUGGCGUGGACAAAAACCGUCACUGAUAGCUGUUUCGAAGACAAAAUCAUCUUCGCUCAUUCAGUGUUGCUACGAUGCGGGGCAAAUGAAAUUUGGCGAGAAUUAUAUUCAAGAACUUGCAGAUAAAGCGAAAACGUUAAAAUCAAAAUGUCCGAAUAUACAGUGGCAUUUUAUUGGUACAAUUCAAUCAAACAAGAUUGCAAAGUUAGCGGAGAUCAAUAACUUGAGUUGCGUGGAGACGAUCUGCAACAAGAAACACUCCUCUAUACUGGAAAAAGAGAUUGCAAAGCAUAAUCGGACACUGAAGGUUUUGGUACAAGUUAAUACAAGUAAGGAAAAGCAGAAGGGAGGGACAACGCCUGAAAUGGCAGUGGAAUUGGCUGAGUUUAUCCGGGUACACUGUCCAUCACUGAAGUUUAGUGGUUUUAUGACAAUUGGUUCUUUCGCUCGUAAUAUGUCGGAAACUCCCAACAGAGAUUUUAUAGAACUUUUCAAAGUACGAAAAACGUUUUGUGAACUCACAGAAGAAAAUGAGGAAAAUUUUGAACUUUCGAUGGGAAUGUCAAACGAUUUUGAAGCAGCAAUAAUGUUGGGUAGUACAUCGGUACGUAUUGGUAACGCCAUAUUUGGACAUCGUUUACUAAAAGGAGAAUAGUGACAACUUGUCGCAGAGUCAUUUUCAUGGUCCAUAUGACUCAUUUAAUUUCAAAUUAAUCAUUUUGGGUGUUCUUGUAAAUUCUUUUCCAGUAUUUGUGGUCUAUAUUGUCACUUCUCUAACCUUUUGUACUGCUUCAUGAAUUUAAUCCAUAUUGAUGUUAUUACCAAAUUCUUUUAACGUAUUUACCCUUCUUGAAGAUUUCUGUCUGUUCAGAAGCUUUGAAAAUCGUACAUAUUUAGUCAAAUAGCAUUGUUUAGAUUUGAAUCCAGCAUGUAAAUUGAUGGAAAAACAUUUCAUUCGUAAAUUUCGUUUCAGUUUCAUGGAUGCUACCUGAAGAUGUGACAAUAUAUUUAUCCUCUGAGCAUUUUCAAACAUCUUUCUUGUUCCUAGAUUAAGGGGCUGUUGCAUUGAACAUUCAUGUUAAUGGUUAUUAGGCUUGUUAAGAAUUUUAUCUUUUACAGUGAAGUAAACUCGUUUUAUCUUUCUAUAACACCAA